UCUUCCGCGCGGGACCGUUAAAUUUGAACCUUGGCGGAUUUAGUCAUGAGGGUGUGAGGUGGUGGGUCUGGAAGGAGUUUGGGGUGCGCUUUUGUGUCGUUAGCUAGCACCCGGGGUUCCUUUCGAUAGAUUUAGCCGGUUGAAGGAGGAAGAGGAGGCCGUCGGAGUUCUUGAGAGUUCCUCCCCGGGCAAGAGCAGGAAGCGGGAAUGCAGGAUGGCGGCGGCCAGGGAAGCGUCCUCUGGGAGUGAAGUCACAUCUCUGGAAGGAGACGAGUGGGAGCUGAGUAAAGAAAAUGUACAACCCUUAAGGCAUGGGCGGAUCAUGUCCACGCUUCAGGGAGCUUUGGCACAGCAAGAGUCAGCUUGUAACACCGCUCUCCAGCAGCAGAAACGGGCAUUUGAAUCUGAAAUUCGCUUUUACACUGGCAAUGACCCUCUGGAUGUCUGGGAUAGGUACAUUAGCUGGACAGAGCAGAACUAUCCUCAAGGGGGUAAGGAGAGUAACAUGUCAACAUUAUUGGAAAGAGCCAUAGAAGCACUACAAGGAGAAAAACGUUAUUAUAGCGAUCCUCGAUUUCUCAGUCUUUGGCUCAAAUUGGGACAUUUGUGCAAUGAGCCUUUGGAUAUGUACAGUUAUUUACACAACCAAGGGAUUGGUGUUUCACUUGCUCAGUUCUAUAUCUCAUGGGCUGAAGAAUAUGAAGCUAGAGAAAACUUUAAGAGAGCAGAUACAGUGUUUCAAGAAGGAAUUCAACGGAAGGCUGAACCACUAGAAAGACUGCAGUCCCAGCACCGACAGUUCCAGGCUCGAGUAUCUCGACAAGCUCUCUUGGCACUGGAGAAUGAAGAGGAAGAGGAAGCUUCUGGAUCUUCUGACCCACAACGAAGCACACUAGCUGAAUUAAAGAGCAAAGGGAAAAAAACAGCCAGAGUUCCCAUUAGCCGUGUAGGAGGUGCUCUCAAGGCUCCAGGUCAGAGCAGAGGAUUGCAAAAUCCAGUUCCUCAGCAGAUACAAAGCAAUCGUAAAAUUACUGUUUUUGAUGAAAAUGCUGAUAAAAGUUUUACAGCAGAGUUUUCUAAGCCUACACUUCAGCCAUGGAUGGCACCUCCUAUCCCAAGGGCCAAAGAAAAUGAGCUGCAAGCAGGCCCUUGGAACACAGACAGGCCCUUGGAAUACAGGCCUCAUGGCAAUCCAAUUUCUGUGACAACCAUACCCCCUGUGCUUCCCAGUUUUACUCCAUAUGUGGAAGAGACUGCUCAACAUCCAGUUAUGACACCAUGUAAAAUUGAACCUAGUAUAAACCACAUUCUAAGCACCAGAAAGCCUGGAAAGGAAGAAGGAGAUCCCCUGCAAAGGGUUCAAAGUCAUCAGCAAGAGUCUAAAGAAAAGAAAGAGAAGAUAAUGUAUUGUAAAGAGAAGAUUUAUGCAGGAGUCGGGGAGUUUUCCUUUGAAGAAAUCCGGGCUGAAGCUUUCCGGAAGAAACUCAAAGAACAAAGGGAAGCUGAGCUAUUGACCAGUGCAGAGAAAAGAGCAGAAAUGAGGAAGCAGAUUGAAGAGAUGGAGAAAAAGCUAAAGGAAAUCCAAACAACUCAGCAAGGAAGAGCUGAAGAUCUGCAAGAAAAGGUGCUUACAAAGGAGACAACCAAACUGCAAACUGCUUCAGAGUCUCAAGAAAUACCAGGAAUGUCACUGUCCUGUGUUCCUCCACCAAACUCUUAUCCUAGGGAAACUUUACUUACAGAAAACAUUUUGCAAGAACAGCCUCACUCUGAAGGUCCCAGUAUACCUUUCUCCAUUUUUGAUGAAUUUCUUCUUUCAGAAAAAAAGAACGAAAGUUCCUCUGCAGGUCAUCCACUGGUUUUAGCCCAGCGAAGACCCCUGGCAAUUCUCAGAACUACAGAAAGCAUCCCCACAAAUGAGGAUGUGUCUCCAGAUAUUUGUGAUGAAUUCACAGGAAUUGAACCUUUGAGUGAAGAUGCCAUUAUCACGGGUUUCAGAAAUGUAACUAUUUGUCCUAACCCAGAAGACACUUGUGAUUUUGCCAGAGCAGCUCGUUUUGUAUCCACUCCUUUUCAUGAGAUAAUGCCCUUGAAGGAUAGCCCUUCUGAUCCUGAGAGACUGUUGCAGGAAGAGGAUCCAGAUGGGAAGAGCUCUGAGGGCCAUCAUACUGCAUGUGCCAAUAUUUACAGUCAAACACUUAGUAUCAAGAAGCUGAGCCCAAUUAUUGAAGAUAGUCGUGAAGCCACACAUUCCUCUGGCUUCUCUGGAUCUUCUGUUGCAAGUACUUCCUCCCUUAAAAGUCUUCAAAUUCCUGAGAAGUUGGAGCUUACUAAUGAAACUACAGAAAAUGUUAUUCAGUCACCCUGGUGUUCACAAUAUCGAACACAGUUAUUAAAAUCCCUGCCAGACCUGAGUGCUUCUAUGGAGUUUUCUAUAGAAGACAGACCAAUGCCUAAAUUGGAAAUAGGGAAGGAAAUUGAAUUAGGUAGUGAAGAUUAUUUCAUUAAACAAGAAUACCUAAUAUGUGAAGAUUACAAGUUAUUCUGGGUGACACCAAGAAACUCUACAGAGUUAACCAUAAUAAAGGUGUCUUCUCAACCUGUGCCAUGGGACUUUUAUAUCAAGCUCAAGUUAAAGGAACGUCUAAAUGAAGAAAUUUUUCAGUUUUGCAACUAUUAUCAAUUCCAAGAUGGCUAUAUUAUUUGGUACCAGUAUGUAAACUGUUCCACCCUUGAGGAUCUUCUCCAGCACAGUGAAUUUAUUACACAUGAAAUAACUGUGUUGAUUAUAUGCAACCUUUUGACAAUAGUAGAGAAGCUCCACAAAGCUGAAAUAGUUCAUGGAGACUUGAGUCCGAAGAGUUUGAUCCUAAGAAACAGAAUCCACGAUCCCUAUGAUUGUAAUGGGAACAGUCAAGCUUUGAAAAUAGUGGACUUUUCCUACAGUGUUGACCUUAGGGCACAGCUAGAUGUUUUUACCCUCAGUGGCUUUCGGACGGUACAGAUCAUGGAAGGACAAAAGAUCCUGGCUAACUGUUCUUCUCCCUACCAGGUAGACCUAUUUGGCAUAGCAGAUUUAGCACAUUUACUAUUGUUCAAGGAACACCUACAGGUCUUCUGGGAUGGGUUCCUCUGGAAACUUAGCCAAAAUACUUCUGAGCUAAAAGAUGGUGAAUUGUGGAAUAAGUUCUUUGUCCGGAUUCUGAAUGCCAGUGAUGAGUCCACAGUGUCUGUUCUGAGGGAACUUGCAGCAGAAAUGAAUGGGGUUUUUGACACCCCAUUCCAAGGUCACCUAAACAAAGCCUUAUGGAAGGUAGGGAAGGUAAUUAGUCCUAUGACUUUGCUCUUUCAGCAAGAUAGGCAGUCAAGUUCCUCACAGGUUCCUGCCCAAAACUGAUGGCUGUAUUGUGCAACACUGGAUCGAACAUAGUGUAAUUUAGGACACUUAUGACACACUACUUGUCUACUUGCUAGUUGAGGCCUAUUUCUAAGUAACACUGUUUUUCAGAGUACUGUGCCCACUGUCAGCCUCAUUUGAUUUAUUCUGAAUGGGUUCUGUGGAAAUGGAUACUUCAUUAUUGUUUACCCUUUUCUUUCUACUUUCCCCUGUAUUUUGCCCUUUUAUAUUCUGUAAUAUGUACUUUUAUGGUCAGCAUGUAUUUUAUAAUAAUAAAAUAGUAUUUGUCAA